GUCCUCUCGCGGAAAAUGGCGGCUCUCAGCAAACUGGUGACCGGGAGAAACUCCUCACUGACAGCCGCCGCCGCCGCCACAGCCGCCGCCGCCACAACCGCCUUGGCCUUCGCCUACCUGGUCAGAAGAAAGAGGAGAAACACGCUGCUCAGUAAGAAUGGUGGCAAAGUGCUUACAAGUGAUAAAGAAUCAAAAAAAGAUAAAGCAGUUGUGGACGGUGUUUUCUUUUCAAGGUUAUGGAGGAUUUUGAAAAUAAUGGUGCCUGGAUUAGUUUCACAAGAGUCUGCAUACCUGUUGCUCAUUGCUGUCAUGCUUGUUGCUCGCACUUACUGUGAUGUCUGGAUGAUUCAAAAUGGGACCUUGAUCGAAAGUGGAAUCAUAAGCAGAAAUUCGCAGUUAUUCAAGAAGCAUUUUGUAUGGUUUAUUGCUGCUAUGCCCAUGAUAUCAGUGGUAAAUAAUUUCCUGAAGUUGGGUUUGAAUCAACUGAAACUUCGAUUCAGAGUUAGACUCACCGGAUACCUAUAUGAGGAGUACUUAAAGGGCUACACUUACUAUAAGAUGGGUAACCUUGACAAUCGAAUAGCAAAUGCAGACCAACUGUUGACGCAAGAUGUGGAGAAGUUCUGCAAUAGUGUCGUGGACUUGUAUUCAAAUCUGAGCAAGCCUCUUCUGGACAUCUUUCUGUAUAUAUAUAAAUUAGCAAGUGCAAUAGGUGCUCAGGGUCCAGCUAGUAUGAUGGCCUACCUGAUCAUUUCAGGACUGAUUCUCACGCGUUUCAGAAGACCAAUUGGUAAAAUGACAGUGACAGAACAAAGAUAUGAAGGAGAAUACAGAUAUGUCAACUCGCGACUAAUUACAAAUAGCGAGGAAAUUGCUUUCUACAAUGGAAACAGGAGGGAAAAACAGACUAUACACACGUCCUUUAAACGGCUGGUGGAUCACUUACACAAUUUCAUUGUCUUCCGCUUUAGCAUGGGAUUUGUGGACAGUAUAAUUGCCAAAUAUCUUGCUACUGUUAUCGGUUACCUAGUUGUUAGCCGACCCUUCCUGAAUCUCUCUCACCCUCGUCAUCUGGAAAGUAACCAUGCAGAACUGCUUGAGGACUACUAUCAGAGUGGCCGUAUGUUACUGAGAUUGUCUCAGGCCCUUGGCAGAAUAGUACUGGCUGGUCGGGAGAUGACCAGAUUGGCUGGUUUCACAGCUCGUAUCACUGAAUUAAUGCAGGUUCUGAAGGAACUAAAUAGUGGAAAAUAUGAGCGCACUAUGGUUUCUCAGCUAGAUAAGGGUUCAGAAUCUCAAAGUGCCUUGCCUUUGAUACCAGGGAGUGGGAAAAUCAUUAUUUUGGAUCGUGUUAUUAAAUUUGAACAUGUACCCUUGGUGACACCUAAUGGAGAUGUUUUGAUUCAAGAUCUUUCAUUUGAGGUGCGAUCAGGGACGAAUGUCUUGGUGUGUGGCCCAAAUGGUUGUGGAAAGAGCUCACUUUUCCGUUGUCUAGGAGAGUUAUGGCCCCUGUUUGGAGGACGUCUGACUAAACCAGACAGAGGGAAGUUGUUUUACGUUCCUCAGCGUCCAUACAUGACUCUAGGGACUCUGAGGGAUCAGGUGAUCUACCCAGAUACCAUAGAGGAUCAGAGGCGGAAAGGAAUAUCUGACCUGGUAUUGAAAGAUUAUCUUGGCAAUGUACAACUUGGCCACAUUCUGGAUCGUGAGGGAGGCUGGGAUUGUAUUCAAGACUGGAUGGAUGUACUCAGUGGUGGGGAGAAGCAGAGAAUGGCUAUGGCUCGAUUGUUCUACCACAAACCACAGUUUGCUAUUCUAGAUGAAUGUACCAGUGCGGUUAGUGUGGAUGUUGAAGGCUACAUCUACAACCACUGCAGGAAGGUUGGCAUUACGUUGUUCACAGUGUCCCACAGAAAGUCUCUUUGGAAACACCAUGAGUAUUAUCUGCAUAUGGAUGGCAGAGGCAAAUACGAAUUUAAGCCAAUCACUGCAGAUACUGUGGAAUUUGGUUCCUAAAAUCCAGAAGUCACUGUUUAUGACAGAAGAAGUGGACUGAUUACAGAAAUCUGUACAAAAUGCAUUAUCCUGUAAACUAACUUUAAAAAUGUAACUUGUAAUUAAAUGUCAGUUUUGAUGGUACUGUAAGAAACUGAAUAAUUAAGUUUAUUAAUUUGUAGUCUUGAUGAGGGCUGUAUAUUUGGAAAUAUUAAUAUUGAGACUUGGAAUAUUUAGUAAAAUUCAACGAGAGACUAAUUUGAUUAAGCAAAUAACUUAAUUAAGUUAAAUUAUGUUUUAUGUACAGUAACGAUUAAGUACUGUAGAAAUGCACUACGUAAAGGCAUGCUCUUAAUAUGCAAGAUUUGAUAUCUGUAAGUCACUUCCUAAUGUUUUACAGAAAAAAUAAACAUGUGAAAUGUUAACAUCA